UUGUUCCAGGAAGCACAGGACGAAACAUUCGAAAUUUGCCCUGCGUGUCAAGAAAAAGUAAUGAACGAGGGGAACGUGCAUAGAUGGUUUUUACUUUGGUUCUUGUUGUCACAUUAGACCAGCCCACGAAGAUGGUAAUUCUAUCGAUACCGCCAUUAUUCCUGCCCGCGAACCACCUAGUCGAAUUUCAAGUACAACAAAGCACCCUACAACUAAAAUUGAAGGAAUUUUGUUUGACGGGAACAUAACCAUGACAAGAUCAACGAGCUCUUUGAUAGUGUCUUCGACCACUACGUCACCUAUAGUAACUUCACAAUCCAGUUUGAUGCCUAAUACGACAUCAGUGUUGACUACUACAACGUUAAAAGAAGAGAAUCUCACCAGAACAUCAGAAGAUAGUUACAAACUCUCAACAUUUCAAACAGUUGAGAAACACACAACGUCACUUUUAAACGUAACAGCCAAGCCAACGAAAACCACAGUGACAACAAUAAAACCACCGUCUUACACCACAAAACCGAGGCCGAAACCCUCAUCGACCCCGAAGCCGGCAUCAACUACGACCAAACCUUUCAAACUAACAAGACCAACGACACCUACAACCACACGAACAACGAAGCCUGUGAAAUUAAUUACUAAACCUAUAAUUACAAAGAAACCGAUUAUAGUUUCAUCGUCAACUAUCAAAUUAACUAAACCAUCCACUAGUGCAACGACAACUAAACCACCAGCAACCUCAACCAGUGCUAAAACACCAAGCGCCGUCACAACGACAGAAAAGGCUGUGAUACCGAUUCUUGUAAAGCUGAACACAACAUCCACGGUCGAACCCAACGAGGUUCCAGUCGUUGGAAACCCAGCUACCAACGAAAUUGAGCAGGUCAAGCCUCUACAACCACCUCCCACAGUCGAACAAACUACCAGCGCCACGCUAAUCACGUGGUCAACAAUUAGCGAAGAGACAACGAAACCCUCAAACAUAUCCCAGGGAUGGAAACCACUGACCACUCCAGAUGGAUGGGUACUCAUUCCCAGUUUAUCAACCCUAACACCUACAGCGAGCUCGGUUACAGUCAAUUACACACUGGAAAGUAGUACAAUGCCAGUACAAACCUCCACGUUAAGUUCAAGUUCUCAAAUGUCGUCAAUCGGAGAAAGCGCUAAUGUGACAAGUUCAAGUGCAAUUACCACGGAAACGCUUUCGACUACCUUGCCAUUGCUACCUGUCCAAGUCCCACAGACAACCGGUGGUGUAAAUAUGAGCGAUUUUACUGAUGUUUGUGGAAGACGAAUGUAUCCCGAAGCCAGAAUAGUUGGAGGUGAAAGAUCAACGUUUGGCAAGUGGCCCUGGCAGAUCUCUUUAAGACAAUGGAGAACAUCGACUUACUUACACAAAUGUGGUGCAGCUUUAUUGAACGAAAACUGGGCUAUAACGGCCGCCCACUGUGUUGACAA